AGCGCUGCGCCCCGGCCCGCUGGCGGGCAGUCCCAGCGGAGCUGGGAGGCCAACAUAGAAGCGGCCCCAGGGCGCAAGCCCCAGUAGCAGCACGUGCCGCGCGUCAGGCGGCACCAUCCAUUGCUACCGGAACCCAAGCGCGCGGCCCCGGUUCCCGGCCGGUUGCCUUCCCCAGCCCUCCGCAGGCCGUUGCUAUGACUCGGGGCCCGAGGCAGCGCGAGGGGUGAGGCGUGCGGGUCCCAGGCAUGGAGGAAGAGGACACGAGAGAUUACAGUGAACCUUGUGUACAGUGUUCUGUUGUAAACUGGGGUCUUACGGAUGAAGGCAGAUUUUAUUGCAAGUCUUGUCACAACGUCAUAGAGAGGACUAAAGAGGUUUUAACUUCUGAUGUUGUUCCUAACACAAAGAUCCAGUCCAUCUCCAGAGGAUUUAGAAAGAGAAAAAAAAUUGAUAAAGGCUGGGAAUGGUAUGUUUGUGAAGGUUUUCAGUACAUACUCAAGAAGCAAGCUGAAGCUCUGCAAACUUUAGGAGUGUGUCCACAGAUGAAGGAUGAAAUUCUAUGCAAUUUCUGGAGACGUUACCUUCAGAAGAGCAAACAGGCAUAUUGCACCACACCAGCUAGUUAUACUAGCAAAGCAUUAUCUAUGUCUGACAUCAGUACAGAUGUGGAUAGCGAACCAGAGAGAAUAAGUAUUCAUGGCUUGUCAUCUUUCUCUGAAAGUGAUGGAGAUUUACAGACAGAAAGCAGCUUUGGACAUGUUUCUUCCAUUGGCAAUGCCUCAGCAAGAGAAACCACAUCUAUCUGCUCCGGAUCGGUAGAUGGUGGCUCAUAUUUACUUAAGAGGAAAAAAGGGAACUUGAGGAUGUCUAUGCCAAUGACACUUUCAUUCUGCUAUAUUGCAUUACUCUGGCUGAGAGAACCAGUGACAUUAUCAGAUCUCUUAAGGUUUGUUAUAGAUGGUCACAUUCCUUACUUGAAUGCUUUUCAGUAUUUUCCAGAGGAGAUGAAAUUGUAUGGAGUUGAUCUCAAGAUCUUUCGUGUAGAGUCUUGGCCUGUAUAUGAAGAUGUGCAUAACAAGAUGUCUGAACUUGCAGCGUUUUUAGAUUUGCCUUGUUUUCCAGCUAUAACUGAUAGCUGCUUUCUUCAUCCAAACAUCUUGUGCAUUAAAUAUCUGAUGGAAGCCAACUUACCUGAUGAAUUGCACAAUUGGACUUGCAGAGUGGUAAAAAAGAUCAAUGUUGGAGAAACAGACUUUCUGACACUUGAUCCUGUGAAUAAAUCAGCAAGGAAAGUAAAAUAUGAUGUUCUUGCUGCAGCCAUCAUUAUAGUGGUGCUCAAAUUACUAUUUUUACUAGAUGAUCAGUAUGAAUGGUUAAAUGCAAACUUUGCUGGAAAAAGAAAUCAAAAGAACAAAGAAGGCUGCCUGUGGUUUGAUUUCAAAAAGUGGUACAAGAUUAUGAAGAAGUCUGUGGAUGUGGAACAGAAGAAAUUAGAUGAAGAAAGAGCCCGGUGUCUGUGGAAAUGUGAAAAACCACUAUUCUACUCAGCCAAGGAAAAAUCUGUAGUUCUUAAGAAAAGGCAAAUGGUAGUGAACUUACAAAGACAGUUUGGCGCACUGUCUGGUUCAAUGCAAGUUGCUGAAAAGCAAAGCCCUUCAAGUUUCCAGUUAAAUUGGGCUGAAGAAAACACAGAUGGGAAUUGUUUUCAUGGGCAUAUCCUAGAGGGAGUUUUGCAAGAAAAAGGCAAUUCACUUACAACCAUGAACACCAAGUAUUGGCUGUGUACAGUUAAACUAUGUAAUGAGAAGAUAUGUGGGCACCUGACACACUAUAAAGAAUCAGACUUUCCUCAGAGCUACCAGUUUGUGUUAAACCUGUUCUCCUUCCUCCUAAGGGUACCAGCCUCUCUCAUCCAUGAAGAGGUGUGUUUAAUAGAACACAAACUGUUUAAAACAAAACUCCACAGAAAGUAACACAAAACAAAAUAUUCAUGUCCAAGAAAAUGGAAAGUCCUAAAGAUCACAGAACUACCAGAUGGUAAAUGAAAAAGUUAAGAACUAUGGCCCCAGUCCUGCAACUGGAUCCAUAAAUACAGACCCUUACACCUGCACAAAGCUCCACUUGAUCUCAGCGUGAUGCUGUAUGGGUGGAUCUGCCACUGCCGGUCUCACUGCCAAUUCAUGGUUUCAAUGUAUCUACAUUACAAAGAACAAUGGGAAACUACAUGAGGGAAGAGUUACUGAAGCAACUGCUUACCAAAGUUUACAUCCACUUGUAUUAAAGGUAAUGGGAAGUUUAUUAUAAGUUUAUUAUAGUAGUUUUUUGUCAUACAUACAUACUUGCAUGUGUCUUGAGUGCAAAGUACAGCAAAUAGUCCUCUAGAUUAUAUUAAUUGUUCAUUUUACUGAAGGAUUUGCAUUUCAAAGUAGUCUGUAUCUUGUUGGGGUUUUUUAACUUGUAUGAGAGCAAACGUUACCUAUUUCUCAAAAGAACUAUUUUUUUACAUUUGAAAUAAAAAAACUGCUAAAGAACAACUGUGGGAAAAGAGGUGUUUAACAGAGGGUUUUAUUGCGGUGAUCUUACAUUUGGGUUGCAACUCACUAUUCUGAAACAUCAGAUUGAUUGGAAGAAACCUUGCAAUAUUCUUUCUUGGCCUCUUUACAUUUCUUCUCUUCCUAUUCUCCUCCUCACCCUUCGCUAUGCCCAAGCUUCUUACCUAGGUAUUAUUUUAUAUCCUUCUCCCACUCCAGCCUCAUGGUUUCUUCUGUGCUUCCCCUUUAACACCUGGAACUCCUCCCUCCCUUUCCUGGGUUUCUCUCCAUCUUUCUUCUGCAAGGCUUACUGACAGUGAUCAUAAUUAAAUUAUUCCACUUGUCACCUGAUGAUGUGUUAAGUCUCAGCCAUCUGAUAGCUGUCCAAGUCCUAGCUUUAUUCUUCAUGCACUGAGUAAGUUGCUCAACGACACCAGCCAGAACAGACAAGGUGGAGAGAAAGGUGGAUGCCAACACCAUCAUAGCUAGGGCCCUACCAAAUUCAUGGUCCAUUUUGGUCAAUUUCACAAUCCUAGGAUUUUAAAAAUCGUAAAUGUCAUGGUGUUGUAAGGGUCCUGACACAAUCAGGAGUUGUGGGAGGGUUACAAGGGGAGGUGUUGCGGUACUGCUACCUUUACUUCUGCGCUGCUGCUGGCGGCGGCGCUGCCUUCAGAGCUGGGCAGCUGGAGAGUGGUGGCUGCAAGCUGGGAACCCCGCUCUGAAGGCAGAACUGCCGCCAGCAGCAGCGCAGAAGUAAGGAUGCUAUGGUAUGGUAUGGUAUAUACACCCUUCUUCGCUGCUGUCUGCAGGGUUGGGCCCUUAGUCAGCAACCACCAUUCUAGCUUCCCAGCUCCUAAGGCAGCAGCGCAGAAGUAAGGGUGGCAUGGUAUGGUACUGCCAGCUUUACUUCUGUGCUUGUGCCGCCUUCAGAGCCGGGCAUCUGGCCACCCAGCUCUGAAGGCAGAGCAGAAAUAAGGGUGGUAAUUAGGGAUGUAAAAGCAAUAACCGUGUAACUGAUUAAAAUUCUAUCUGUUACACAGUUAAACAUUUAAACAGAGAUGCGGGGGGUGCUGCAAUACCCCCACAUUUUAGGUGGGUUUCCACUGCUGGCCCCAUGCUCAGGGCUCUGCGCAGAGCAGCAGCAGAGCCCUGGGCACACCAGGAUGCCGGGUGGAGGGCUGGCAGCCAGGACCCUGGGGGCACUCGGGGCCGGCAGCCAGGACCACAAGCAGAGUUUAAUCACUAACAGAAACCAAUAAGCAUCAAUUUUAUCGGUUAACCUGGUAAACUUUUACAUUGCUAGUAGUAAUACCGCAACCCCCCUAAAAUAACCCUGCGUUCCCCCUGCUUCCUUUUGGGUCAGGACCCCCAAUUUGAGAAACGCUUGUCUCCUCUGUGAAAUCUGUAUAAUAUAGGGUAAAAGCACACAAGACCAGAUUUCAUGGUGGGAGACCAGUUUUUCUAGUCCGUGAUGUGUUUUUCAUGGUCAUGAAUUUGGUCGGGCCCUUAUCAUAGCCCAUGUUUUCACAUUGUGCCUUCUAAUGGGCUUACAUACAUUUGAACAGGAGUAAGGAGUAAAUACCAUGUAGGCUGGAAUCUUUGUGUCAGAUAAAUGGUUGCCUAACACCAUUCUUUGGUCUCUCAGCUAAAAUUAAUAAAUGCCAGUACCUCCAACCCCAAUAGGGAGCACAAAUGUUACUAAAUUCAAUUAUACUAAAAUUAGCUGACAUCUAAAAUGAUUACCAUGGACAGCAUGUCCCAUCUGGGGGUGGGGGAGGGCUCUCAGGGUUUGUCUACACAGCAAAGAAAAACCUGCAGCUGGCCUGUGCCAGCCGACUUGGGCUUGUGGGGCUCGGGCUGUGGUGUUGUUUUCAUUGCUGUGUAGACUGGAGCCCCGAGCUCUGGGAUCCUCCCACCCCACAGGAUCCUACAGCCUGGGAGCCAACCUGAGCCCAGAAGUCUACACAGCAAUGAAACAGCCCUGCAGCCUGAGCCAGCCACAGGUAUCUAGUUACUGUAUAUACAUAAUCUUAAAGAGCUUCCAACUUCUCUCAUGAGCAAGGAGCCAGGUUGCAGUGGUGAGGUAAUCCCAGAAGGUGGCCAGUGCAGUGGGUCCUCUCUAGAUAUGAUGAUCAGGUCCCUUCUGAAAGGGUUUUUAUGAUCAGUCAUAGUUUAAAUAAAAUUAUAAAGUUGAAAUCUGAAGACUGAGAAUGGGUUUUGGAAAUGGAGAUGUACUGCCCUAACCAUCUGGAACCAAGUGAAGAAGCAACACUCAAAUUGUCAAGAUCACAGGGAGAGGAGCCCAGAAAUGGUUAGGAAGUCAGAGAUAGGUUACAGAAAGCACCUGGAAAGUCUUACACACCAAGUGGAGAUUCAUUCAAAACUGAGCAGAAGGUCAGUGAAUGAGAUAUUCUGCUACCUGGAAACAAAAAUCUGAAACUUAGGGUAGUCUUAAAACAAACAGGGAGUCAGAGUAGUGGGCUUGAGAUUGUGACAUGCUCUGAUACUAGGGAGAUUAUCUAGUGCCAACAACAACAAAAACAAGUGUGUGUUGAGGGGGAGGGAGGAGAUUGAGAUGUGACUUGUGUUCAUUCAUACUCAAUGAUUCAUAGCGCUUGUACAGUGCUUAGGUGCCUUAGGCAUAUCUAAGAUCUAAAUAGAAAUUGUACUGGGCACGUCAGACAGGUAUGAAGAGAGAGACCCAAUCCUGAUGAUUUUAUAUGUAAAUUGACUCAGAGAUAAAUUUCAUGGAUGUGUUUUUAGUGCUCCACUUUUUGUUUAGAUUUUAAGAUUUGUUAUCUAUGUUGACCCUUCCUAGAGUUUUUAGGCCUUUUGGGAGAAAUAUCUGAUGUGGUUAUGCAAUAGGCAGCCCCAGUUGCUAUUUUUAUCAGCAGUUAAAUUCUUGUUAAAGAAUAAUGUAAGUGUCCUUGUCACUUUUUUAAAAAGUUUGAAAGACCUUCUCCUUUUAUACACUGCCUUAAUUGUAAACUACUUAUCCUUUUAUUAGUGGAAAUGUAUAGUAUUUAUCAUUUGUUUCAAGUUCACUACUAAAAGACACCUUACUAUAUACAGUCAUAGUUUUUAAAGUAAUUCAAAAGGCUGUAUUUAACUUCAUUUGAAAGACUACAUAUGCUUAAUUACAGACACAGCUUUCUUUUAAAACUACUGUAGUGGUAAAAAUACUAUGUGCAUACUCAAUCUACGAAUGUAACAAUGCGCCCUUAGAUGUUGGAAUAAAUUAAAGUUGUGCUUUAAUAAACAGGAAUAAAGCUUGCAAUUCAUCACCAAGCAGUUUGUGCCUCCUGGACACAUAGGGUAAGAGUCAGAUUUAAAAGUAAAGGGUGUGCCUCUAAUGUGCUUGAUGUCGGUACCAUCCAGUUUAAUUCAUCAACAAGCUGAUGAACCACAGGGUGACUUAAUCUUCACUCAAGUGUAGUUGUGCUCUCUUGGGACACAACUACUUUGAGUCCACUCAACACUGCGCUGAGGUGGAGCCACAUUUCUUAAGCAGACAACUGGGGCUGGAUAGCCCAAGGCUAGGGUGUCCACCUCAGCCCAGCAGCUUUAACUACUUAUUCUCUCUGUUUUUGUUACAUCUUCUUUUUAUAAUCAUUUGCUAACAACAUUCAAGGAAAGUCAACAUUUCUUGCUCUGCUCUUUACUUUAGGUACUUGAAAAGGGGAAAUUAUACAAAUGAAAAUAAUUGAUACCUGCUUUUGACCUUUAUCAUUAAAAGAUGAAUAAUCAUUUUACAGUGCAAAGAUUAAAAUGCACUGAAGUAUUUAGCAACUUUAAGUCUUUCACAAUGUAAAGUUAUUAAUUAUCGAUCUGCAUGAGAUUGUGAGUACUUUAAAACUUAUUUCCUCUUCCCCUGUGGAACAUAUGUAUGCCUUGGCUUUGUGUAUUGUUGUAUAUUAAUGCAUGUUUCCAGCUCCAGGAACGCAAAUAUAACCUCAUGACUUAGAA